GCGGCCGGCGGGACACAGAGUCCGCGCCCGGAGCCUCCCGAACCUGCCGGUACCGCUGCCGGAGCCGGGCGGCGCCUUACCGCCGGAGAGGAGGACCACGAGGUCCCCGGGGGGCAGCAAGAGAAGCACGGGGAGAAGGAGCAGCCCUAGCACAGAGAAGGGGCUGGCGGCGCAGCACCGCACCCCCGCCCGAAGUCCGAAGCCUGUGCGCAACGGAGGGCCAUCUGGCUCCCACGACCCACAGCAUGGCCCGGGGCUCCGGGCUGCCACCGCGGUGCGCCCCGACGGUUUGGGCGGCCGUUGCCCUCUUGCUCUCUGCGCCGCAGACCUCAGGUGAAGUGGAAGUGCCAGAUCCCAGUGACACCUUGGGGCAUAUUGAUGGACAAGAAGGACCUAUUCCCACUCUGAAAGAUUACUUUUUGAAUUUUCUGGAGCCAGUGAACAACAUCACCAUUGUCCAGGGCCAGACAGCAAUCCUGCACUGCAAGGUGGCAGGAAACCCACCCCCCAACGUACGAUGGCUGAAGAACGAUGCCCCAGUUGUGCAGGAGCCCAGACGGAUCAUCAUCCGGAAGACAGAAUACGGCUCUCGACUCAGAAUCCAAGACCUGGACACCACAGACACUGGCUACUACCAGUGUGUGGCCACCAAUGGGGUGAAGACCAUCACUGCCACUGGCGUCCUCUACGUGCGGCUCGGUCCAACGCACAGCCCAAAUCACAACUUUCAGGAUGACUACCAGGAAGAUGGCUUCUGCCAGCCUUACCGGGGGAUUGCCUGUGCGCGCUUCAUUGGGAACCGGACCAUUUAUGUGGACUCUCUCCAGAUGCAGGGGGAGAUUGAGAACCGAAUCACAGCGGCUUUCACCAUGAUUGGCACCUCGACGCACCUGUCAGACCAGUGCUCCCAGUUCGCCAUCCCGUCUUUCUGCCACUUCGUGUUCCCGCUGUGUGACUCCCGUUCCAGGGCGCCGAAGCCGCGUGAGCUGUGCCGCGAUGAGUGUGAGGUGCUGGAGAGCGACCUGUGCCGCCAGGAGUACAGCAUUGCUCGCUCCAACCCGCUCAUCCUCAUGCGGCUGCAGCUGCCCAAGUGCGAGGCACUGCCUAUGCCCGAGAGCCCAGACGCUGCCAACUGCAUGCGCAUUGGCAUCCCGGUGGAGAGGCUAGGCCGCUACCACCAGUGCUACAAUGGCUCCGGCUCAGACUACAGAGGCACAGCCAGCACCACCAGGUCGGGGCACCAGUGCCAGCCAUGGGCCAUGCAGCAUCCCCACGGCCACCAGCUCUCCAGCGUGGACUUCCCCGAGCUUGGAGGUGGCCAUGCGUACUGUCGGAACCCUGGAGGCCAGAUGGAAGGUCCCUGGUGCUUUACUCAGAAUAAAAACGUACGCAUGGAACUGUGUGACGUACCCUCCUGUAGUCCCCGAGACAGCAGCAAGAUGGGAAUUCUGUACAUCCUGGUCCCAAGCAUUGCAAUUCCCUUGGUCAUCGCCUGCCUGUUCUUCUUGGUCUGUAUGUGCCGGAAUAAGCAGAAGGCCUCUGUGUCCACGCCUCAGCGGCGGCAGCUGAUAGCCUCACCCAGCCAGGACAUGGAGCUGCCACUCAUCAGCCAGCACAAACAGGCCAAACUGAAGGAGAUCAACUUGUCCUCAGUGCGGUUCAUGGAGGAGCUGGGGGAGGACCGCUUUGGAAAAGUCUACAAAGGCCAUCUGUUCGGGCCCACCCCAGGUGAGCAGACCCAGGCAGUAGCCAUCAAGACACUGAAGGACAAAGCAGAGGGGCCUCUCCGGGAGGAGUUCCGCCACGAGGCCAUGCUGCGGGCACGGCUGCAGCACCCCAACAUCGUCUGUCUGCUGGGUGUCGUGACCAAGGACCAGCCCCUCAGCAUGAUCUUCAGCUACUGCUCACACGGCGACCUCCAUGAGUUCCUGGUCAUGCGCUCACCACACUCAGAUGUGGGCAGCACUGACGACGACCGCACCGUGAAGUCUGCGUUGGAGCCGCCUGACUUCGUGCAUGUCUCAGCACAGAUUGCUGCGGGGAUGGAGUACCUGUCCAGCCACCACAUGGUCCACAAGGACCUGGCCACCCGCAAUGUGCUGGUGUACGACAAGCUGACAGUGAAGAUCUCAGACCUGGGCCUCUUCCGUGAGGUGUAUUCUGCCGACUACUACAAGCUGAUGGGGAACUCGCUGCUGCCCAUCCGCUGGAUGUCCCCUGAAGCAAUCACAUAUGGCAAGUUUUCCAUAGACUCAGACAUCUGGUCCUACGGUGUAGUCCUGUGGGAGGUUUUCAGCUAUGGCUUGCAGCCUUACUGCGGCUACUCCAAUCAGGAUGUGGUGGAGAUGAUCCGUGGCCGCCAGGUGCUGCCCUGCCCGGACGACUGCCCAGCUUGGGUCUAUGCCCUCAUGAUUGAGUGUUGGAAUGAGUUCCCCAGCCGGCGGCCCCGUUUCAAGGACAUCCAUAGCCGACUCCGGGCCUGGGGCAAUCUGUCCAACUACAAUAGCUCGGCACAGACCUCCGGGGCCAGCAAUACCACGCAGACAAGCUCUCUGAGCACCAGCCCUGUGAGCAACGUGAGCAAUGCCCGCUAUGUGGGGCCCAAGCAGAAGGCCCAGCCCUUCCCACAGCCCCAGUUCAUCCCCAUGAAGGGCCAGAUCAGGCCCAUGGUGCCCCCACCCCAGCUCUACAUCCCUGUCAAUGGCUACCAGCCCGUUCCAGCCUACGGGGCCUACCUGCCUAACUUCUACCCAGUCCAGAUCCCCAUGCAGAUGGCUCCCCAGCAGGUGGCCCCUCAGAUAGUCCCCAAGCCCAGCUCACACCACAGUGGCAGUGGUUCCACCAGCACAGGCUAUGUCACUACAGCUCCCUCUAACACGUCUGUGGCAGACAGGGCAGCCCUGCUGUCUGAGGGCACUGAGGACACACAGAACAUCCCUGAAGACGUGGCCCAGAACCCUGUACAGGAGGCAGAGGAAGAGGAGGAAGGCUCUGUCCCAGAGACUGAGCUCCUGGGAGACAAUGACACUCUGCAAGUGGAUGAGACUCAAGUCCAGCUAGAGGCCUGAGGGACAGACAGUACCCAGGGCACCCGAGAGAAGUCCCCAUGGGACCUAUAAUGACUUCAGCCAUUUUUCAGCAGUCACAGAUUCACAGUCACAAGAGCUCAAAGACCUAAGACUGUGGAACCCUGUUCCUGUCUUAUCUGCUGUUUGUGCCUUCUCGGGCUGGAGGUCAUUUCAGCCAGUGGCAUCUGAGCGGGGCAAGGUCUCAGCAGCACAAGCUCCUACAAAGCAGGACAUGGUGACCCUGGUGCUAGCUGCAUUUAUUCUGGGUGCAGAUAGGUAAUGAGCUGCAGCUACCUUGCAAAGAAGAAGAAAAAAAAUAGGUGGUAUGUCCACUCCCUAUUGUAUGCAGAUUGAAUAUUUAGAAAUGGGGGAACAGGCCUGCGAAAGGUAGCAGGGAGGAACCUCGGGAUUGGAGAUCCCAGGUGCGAAGGUGGAAGUAGCUCUUUGCUCCCCAUUGCCUCCAUCUCUGCAGUCUCCUUCUCCCUUCAGCAGCCAAAGACAGUGGAGCAGGACACCAUACUGCCACCUGUCCCGGGGGAAGGGGCUUCUCAAAUGGGACUCAGUGUUAAAGCAAAAUGUGCCUUUCCAGAAACCAAUAUGGCUUUGUAUCCUUUGAAAAUGGUUUUAAUUAUACGACAUGUGUACUUUUCCUACUUUUGUGGAAUUCAAGGGAAAAUGUUGCAUUUAGAGUGGUCAAAAGGGAGCAAUGUUGUACAGAACAGUGUUGUUAUUUUUUUAAAGAACCAUGUACAAACCUUAAAUGUAAUUUAUAUGUUUUGUAUGCCAUUUUCAUGGAAGUAUUUUGAUCUAAAUAAUGACUUGGUAAUUUAACUGUUUACAUGAUUCACUUGGGGACACAAUGACAUUGUACUUUCAGUUUGUUUUUGUGCCACAUGCAAUUGAGGUCUGUGCAUUUCAGAGAUUGCCGCAUGACCUGCAGGCAAGCUUUCUGUACCCUGCACACACUGCCAGCCUCGUUUGUAAACUCCACACCUGGCAUAUCAAAUAAAGAGA